AUGCUGGUAGCCGCAAGAACGCCAGAAAACCAAGCCCACCGAGCCCAGGCGGUGUGGUACACACGCCUGAGCUCGGCCUUUCGGGCGGUGAUGGCAUGCACUAUAGUGGGCUGCACCACCCUCUAUGGUCCUCAGUCUCUCCGGACUCAACUUGCAUAUCCAGCUUUUUCCUACGUGACUGCCAUACUGAUUGUGUCCGACUCGACACUUGGUGACACCAUAAGGGGUUGCUGGCAUGCCCUGUAUGCUACAGUUCAGGUGGUGCCAGCUUCUAUAUUGUCCCUGUGGCUUGUGGGGCCUGCCUGGUUCUCGGCAGGCAGUGCCGCCCUAGGGGUGGCGGUGAGUGCUUUUGUGGUGGCGCUGCCGCAGUCCACACACUUGGUAUCUAAACGGAUUGCUUUCGGACAACUGGUUAUUGUGUAUGUAAGUGCUGUUAUACAUGGACAGCAAACUGGAGCCAUCAUUGACCCUGUUCGAGUUGCAUCGAGCACAGCCCUCGGGGCUGUGGCUUCCGUCGUGGCUUUGCUGCUGCCAUACCCACGGCUAUCCUAUUAUGAGGUCAGAAAGCUAUGCCGAUUAUAUGCUGAAAAUGCCUCAGAGAGGAUAUCUCUAUUUGUGAAGGCCUUCUCUGCCCAAGACAACUUGACUCCACUUGAGCUAAUCUCUCAGGGCAAGCCCUUAGCUGAAACAGGAGCCAAGCUUCUUGAAAACAUCGAACUCAUGCAGGAAGCUGUGCACUGGGAGAGAGUUCCUAUUAGACCUCAUUUCAUCAAUACAGGAGAUAGAUUGCAGGAGAUUGAAAUAUGGAUAAGAGGGAUGGAGAUGGCCCUAACUUCUGGCCCCUCCUUUCCCGUCAGCUUUAUUAAUGAUGAACUCAGGGAGGUUUUAGCGAGAAUAGAAGAACAACUUGGCCUAAAACUAGAGCAGGCUAAGUGCUUUCUGCCUUUAGAUGCAACUACAGCUCCAGAGACAAAGGGCGAAAAAUUAGACAUACCCCUCCAGCUCACUAAAACCAUCAUCCCAACUCACAAAGACCUACCUGCUUAUUUCUUCUUUUUCUGUAUAAAGUUCCUCCAACAUGACUCAACCAUCACUCAAAAUCCUGACCAUCUUUCAGAUAGCAGUUGGAAAACUAACACUGAAGAAUCAAGGAAUUCACAAGAAGAAGCUAAGAGUAACUUCGAAAGAAUCACCUGUGGCUGGAACUUGACACCAAGUAAUGAAAGACUUGUAUUUGCAAUCAAGUGUUCAUUUUCGCUGGGUCUGGCUGUGUUUUCCGGUCUGAUUUUCAACAAAGAAAAUGGGUACUGGGCAGGGCUCUCCAUUGCCAUCAGCUUCGCAACAGGAACACAACCAACAUUUACAGUUGCGAAUACACGAGCACAAGGGACAGCAAUGGGAUCAGUCUAUGGAGUUCUGGGUUGCUUCAUUUUUAAAAACUUUGCAGAGAUAAGGUUCCUACUGCUUCUGCCUUGGAUUAUUUUUACUAGUUUUUUAAGGCAUAGCCGGAUGUAUGGCCAAGCAGGCGGGAUUUCAGCAGUUUUAGGAGCACUACUGAUUUUAGGCAGAAAAAACUAUGGACCUGCGGAUGCAUUUGCCAUUGCAAGACUCACAGAGACCUUUAUCGGAUUAUUUUGGUUGAUCAUGGUAGAGCUUCUCAUCCAACCGAUGAGAGCCGCAACUCUGGUGAAAAAACAACUUUCUCUGAGCUUGGGGACACUUCAAGAUUGCAUAGAGCAAAUAGUUCCUCAUUCGAGCAAGGAAAAAAAUCCA